GUGGAGUCAAUGCAUAAGUCCCCCCCCACGCCUAUGGAAUAACUUUCAAAAAAUUCCAAAAUUUUUGUAAGCACUAGGGCCGGACCCCGAAGCUGUUCGAACACGAAACCGAAACAACAACAAAAUAUGAGCAGUUUCGUGAACAAAGCCAAGGUUGUGUUCGUCCUGGGUGGCCCUGGUGCUGGCAAGGGUACGCAAUGUGCGAAAAUCGCCGAUCGGUUUCGCUUCACGCACCUGUCCGCCGGCGAACUGUUGCGGGCGGAACGCUCGCGCGGCCCAUAUUCACAGUACGGGACGAUGAUUGAGCAGCACAUGCGUGAGGGGAAAAUAGUGCCCGUGGAGGUGACCUGCUCGCUGCUGGAGCGGGCCAUGAAGAGCUCCUCCGGACAGAGGCUAUUCCUCAUCGAUGGCUUUCCCCGCAACCAGGACAAUCUGGAUGGCUGGAAUCGUCGCAUGUCCGCCAAGGUGGACAUGCAAUUCGUUUUGUUCUUCGAUUGCCACGAGGAUGUGUGCGUCCAUCGCUGUCUGAAGCGUGGCCACAACGGCGGCAGCGGCGGCGGCGGCGGCUGCAUUGGCUCUGGUCGCAGCGACGACAAUCUGGCGACACUGAGGAAGCGCAUUCAGACCUACAACGAGAACUCCAUGCCCAUCAUCAAGUACUUUGAGGGCGCCGGCCAGGUGAAGAAGAUCGAUGCGGCCCCCAAUGUCGAACAGGUGUUCACCCAAGUGGAGCGCACCUUCUUGGCCAGCGGUUUUUAGAGGUGGGUCUUCCCUUGUACCCUUUUGCCCAAGGUGCCAGGCAAUUAAAAUCGAAUAGCAUUAAAGCUGUGCAACUAAAUACAAACAGAAAUUUGAUUUCAAGGCAAAUAGUUUUCCAUUU